CUCUACACAAACACAAACAGUUUGACAGUCAUUACCCCAGUGAAGAAGAAACGUGGCCGGCCCAAAAAACAGCCGUUACUUACUGUGGAGACGAUUCACGAAGGAACUGCAACAAGCCCUGUUAGCCCUAUUGCCCAAAAUUCAUCCAGCACUUCAAAAAGGAGAAAGAAGCAUAACAUGUCAAAAUUGGUGCAGUUGGCCUUCAACAAAUCCCCUCCGGCACAGCAGUUAAAACUCAAGAAAUCAGGUCAAGAAGGUGUCCUUAAAAAGAGGGCACCUAAGAAAAUGAAACUGGUCAAGAUGCAAAGCAUUUUGAAUGAACUUUUGACCACUUCUAGUCCUGGCAAUCUUGCCUUGAAGUCCAGUGUUCCGGUUUCAAAUGCCAUGUCGACUGUGGCAUCGACAAUCGAGGCCCGUUUUGGCAAGCAAAUCAAUGUCAGCAAGCGUGGGACUAUUUACAUAGGCAAAAAGCGGGGAAGGAAGCCCAGAAUUGAUCUUCAUACCCAGCAAAAUGAGCACAAAGCCAGUGAUAAGCACCCAUUGCCUAUUUCUAGUCCAUUUGAGAACCCACUAGUGCCUUCUAACAUAUCAUCCACAACCGGAAUGCCUUCUCCCAGGGUCAUGCAUUCCCUUUCUUCUCCCUCUGCAGCAGGUGGGACGGUUCACCCUGCCACCACGGAUACCAGCCAGCAUGACCUGAAGACAAUGCCAAAUCUACAACCUAUCAGUGCAUUGCCCACGAAAAUGUACAAGGGCUUGCUUAGUAGUAACUGGAAGCUGUCUCCCCCAAGACUAAUGGCCAACUCACCAUCCCACCUAUCCGAAGUGGCUUCCAUUAAAGAAGUCACCCUAUCUCCAGUUAGCGAGUCCCACAGUGAAGAGACAAUCCCUAGCGAUAGUGGAAUAGGCACCGACAACAACAGCACAUCAGACCAGACCGAGAAAGGCCCGGUAUCCCGCCGGAGAUACUCAUUUGAUCUUUGCAGUUUUGAUGCCACUGAGACCGCUGUUUUAGAGGCAAAAAGCAAAGCAGCGAGGGGGCACUUCCAGAAGUGUGUGACUGGAGUCGCUGUGGAAAAUUUCUUUGCUCAGGAGA